AACCGAUCCGAACCCGAACGCCGAGGCCUAGUACAGAGUUCCGAUCAGAGAUAGAGAGAAUCCUUUGAGCGUCGGCCUUGCUUUGUGCGUAGGGAUCAUCUCCGACUAAUUGUUGUAAUUAUAAAGGGCGGCCGCGCCUUUUUAGCGGAGAGAUGGCGAGCUCACAGUUCAGGUAUACGCAGACGCCGUCGAAGGUGGUGCACCUGAGGAAUCUGCCGUGGGAAUGCGUGGAAGAGGAGCUCAUCGACCUAUGCAAACGAUUCAGCAAGAUCGUCAAUACGAAGACCAAUGUCGGCGCCAAUCGCAACCAAGCCUUUGUCGAAUUCGGUGACGUGAAUCAGGCAAUAUCAAUGGUUUCUUACUAUGCUUCGUCUUCAGAGCCGGCUCAGAUUCGAGGGAAGACUGUUUAUAUUCAGUACUCUAAUCGCCAUGAGAUUGUCAACAAUCAGAGUCCUGGAGAGGUCCCUGGCAAUGUCCUCUUGGUCACCUUUGAAGGAGUCCAAUCUCACCAUGUCUGCAUCGAUGUCAUCCAUCUGGUGUUUUCUGCUUAUGGCUUCGUGCACAAAAUUGCCACUUUUGAGAAAGCUGCUGGUUUCCAGGCACUUGUUCAGUUUACUGAUGUGGACACUGCCUUAGCGGCAAGGACUGCGCUGGAUGGUAGAAGUAUACCCAAAUAUCUGCUUCCAGAACAUGUAGGCUCAUGCAAUUUGCGAAUGUCUUACUCAGCCCACACUGAUCUAAAUAUCAAAUUUCAGUCCCACCGCAGCAGGGACUACACAAAUCCAUACCUUCCGGUGAAUCAAACCGCUAUGGACGGUUCUAUGCAGCCUGCUUUGGGUGCUGAUGGAAAGAGGGUUGAAACUCAGAGCAACGUCCUGCUUGCUUUGAUUGAGAAUAUGCAGUACGCUGUCACCGUGGAUGUUCUUCACACGGUGUUUUCCGCUUAUGGAACUGUGCAGAAGAUUGCAAUAUUUGAGAAAAAUGGUUCAACGCAAGCCUUAAUUCAAUACUCUGACAUUUCAACGGCGACGAUGGCGAAAGAAGCACUGGAGGGACACUGCAUAUAUGACGGAGGCUACUGUAAGCUUCGACUAACUUACUCUCGGCAUACUGAUCUCAAUGUAAAGGCAUUUAGCGACAAAAGCAGAGACUACACACUGCCUGAUCUAAGCCAACUGGUGGGCCAAAAGGUUCCAGGAGUGGCUGCAGCUAGUGGGCCAACAGAUGGUUGGCCCAAUGGGCAGGUGCAGACUCAAUACAUGGGAAGUUCGUAUAUGUACCCACCAGCUGAUCCCACAGGAGCUUCACCUUCUUCUGGUCAUCCUCCUUAUUAUGGUUGAUCCAUGUACUGUUUUCUACUUUAUAUAAAUUUCGGAUUAUGUUGAAGACUAGUUUCCAUGUUAUAGGUUUCAGGUAAAAGUGUGUUGUUCUUUUAUUUGGUUAAAUAAACAUGGGAAAACCAAUAAUAUUAUAGUAGUAUAAUUUAUAAACAUUGUGUAUUUGUUUCUAUUUGACUUUGUUAU